UUAUGGGAUACCUUUGUCACAACUAACCGUGAGGGAGUAGGAAGAAGAUACAAUUUCAAGAUCAAAAUGGCGGAUGAUCAGAAUAAAGAAAGUCAUGUAGAAGAGGAAGAGGAGGAAUCUGACGAGGAUGAAGAAGAGGAAGAACCAAAACUAAAAUAUGAACGAAUGGGAAAUGCAGUUAAUGAGAUUCUAAAAGGAGAAGAAUGUGCCAGUUGCAUGGCUGUUCAUGCCAAGUUCCUGGCAUUAGGGACGCACUAUGGUGUUGUUCAUGUAAUGGAUCAUCUCGGUAAUAAUAUAAGAAGUAAAGAAUUUCCAUCGCAUACGACUGCUGUAAACCAAAUUAGUAUAGAUGAAAAAGGUGACUAUGUUGCAAGCUGUUCUGAUGAUGGAAGGGUUGUAAUAAAUGGGUUAUACAGCUCAGAGAACAAUGUUCAAAAUAAUUUUGACACUCCAAUAAAGGCUGUUGCUUUAGAUCCUGAAUUUUCCUCUAAACAAACAAAGAUGUAUGUUACUGGUGGGGAAAAGCUUGUUCUCACUGAAAGAGGUUGGUUUAGAAAUAAAACCACUGUUCUUCAUGCUGGAGAAGGUGCCAUAAGAACCAUCAAGUGGAAGUCUCAUUUUAUUGCCUGGUCCAAUGAUGUGGGAGUAAGAGUAUUCGAUAUGAGCUCAAAAAGAGUGAUAACUUACAUCAAAAGAGAUAAUGGAAGCCCAAGACCACAGUUAUAUAGGUGUAACCUCCAUUGGAAGGACCCAGUGACUCUAUUGAUUGGCUGGGCUGAUAACAUCAAGGUUUGUGUUGUGAAAACUCGCGAGCAAGAAGUUAGAGACUUACCACCUCGCUAUGUUGAAAUUGUUGCCAUGUUUAGUACUGAGUACUACAUCAGUGGAAUUGCAACCCUUGGCAAUGAUUUGGUCAUUCUUUCCUAUCUAACAAAUAUUGAAGAAGGCAAUGUGAAGCGUGCAGAAAAUGUUGCAGCCAAGCGACCACAGUUACGCAUUGUGUCUGUUACUGGUUUUCAUGACAACGAAGAGAUGUCUGCAGAUGCCUUAUCUAUCAGAGGAUAUGGUCAUUAUCGCUGUGAUGAUUAUCAUCUUGAAAAUGUAGCAGAGGACAACUUGUUCUAUAUUGUUAGUCCUAAGGACAUUGUUCUAGCUAAGCCAAGAGAUAUGGAUGAUCACAUCAGCUGGUUAAUGCAGCAUAGCAAAUAUGAGGAAGCUUUGUCAGCUGUUGAAUUUCAUAGAAAAGAAGUCAAGAAGCACAAUUACCAGGAAAUUGGGCGUGCCUACCUGAAGUCAUUAAUGGACAGUGAAAACUAUGAGCAAGCAGCAAGAAUAUGUGUCAAAGUUCUCGGUGAUGAUAAAAAACUCUGGGAAGAUGAAGUUUACAAGUAUGCAAGAAAGAACCAGCUGAAGGCCAUAGCUCCCUUCAUACCUAGAGGCAAAGUCAAACUCAGCUCAGCCAUUUAUGAGAUGGUUCUUUAUGACUUCCUAAAAACUGAUUACCAGAAAUUUCAGGAUAUGAUCAAGGAAUGGCCAGCUGAGCUGUACAGUAUACAAGCAAUUAUAAGUGCAGUACAGGAACAGCUUGAGAAAGAUCCCAAGAAUCAAGUUUUACUUGAAACACUGGGAGAAAUGUACACAAAACAGAAGAGAUAUGAUAAAAGCCUGGCCAUAUAUUUACAACUUGGUCAUAAAAAUGUCUUCAAUCUCAUUCAUGUACACAACUUAUUCAAGUCCAUCAAAGACAAAAUCGUCAUGCUAAUAGAAUUUCAUCCUUCGAAAGCAAUUAAGAUGUUUCUGGAUAAUACAGAUAAAGUCCCGGUUGACGAUGUUGUACGACAGCUUAGCAAGCGACCAGAACUUCAGCAUAUGUAUUUAGAUACGUUAUUACAAAAAGAUCCUGAAGCUGGGCAAGAUUACCAUGAGCUCCAGGUCGCUUUGUAUGCCGAGUACGAACGUGACCGUCUGCUCCCAUUUCUACGCAAUAGCAACUACUACCCACUACAGAAGGCAUUAGCGGAAUGUGAACAACGGCAUCUUAUUCCAGAGAUGGUCUUCCUUCAUA